GCUAUCCUUUAACUUCUAAACAAAAAAAAAGAUUAGAAUAUUACGUAGAUCGUAGGAAAUCCAAGACGCCUUACGAAGAUGAAGCUUUAUGUAGGCAAAUUGCUCAAGAAUGUAACCUCCCAUUUACAAGAGUAAGGGUUUACUUUAAACACAUUGAAAAUAGUUUUGAAAAGAAAAGGAAUGACGCUAAAGCAGCUAAGCAAAAGGAAAGACGACGUAUGGUUGCAUCAAAGUCAAAGAAUUUUUCUGGUAUUGUUACUUCUGCUGAGGGUGAGCCUUCGUUUAAACGAAGGAAAAGAGAAACAAUGGUUCAUAAAGUAGUAAGAAAAACGGGAAAUGCUGUCCAAGCAGUACCUGGCAAUCAUGCUGGGCGUAAAAGUUUGAGAGAAAAGUUUAAGCAAAAAGGAUUAAUAGACACGGGGUCUAUUGCUGAAGAAAAUUUGCCAAUUAUUGCUGACGAAGAACGAUUUGAAACACAAUAUGAAACGUUUUCACAACGCUCACGUCCAAAAUGGAGUCAACAUGAGGACGAAGUGGUUCUUCAUGUAUAUGUAAUUCUCAAAGUUCGUUCACAAAAAUCAAGGUUCUUAUGGGGUGCAAUAACUAAAGUUUUAUCGCACAAAACAACCGAAAAUUGCCGUCGAAGGUUAAAUGUUUUGAUCAAAAAUACGACAACAUUAGAAAGAGUGAAU